CUGACCUGACGCAGACGACGCUUCUUCCCGAAAGUGCACAGCAACAGCGGAAAACUCAACAUGGCUCCUAAACUUCUGCUCCCCAGCGCAGCACUAACUCUUUGGCUCUUCCUCGCAUGUUUUAUCCCCGCGGUGGAGGCAUACGACGCGGGAGACGCCAUCGCUCUCCUGCUCGGGUCUGUCGUGACCGGGGUGGGCUUCUGCGCCUGUCUGGGCUGGUACGCGCGGAAGAGGAACGAGCAGCUGUGAUGAAGACUUUAGGAUUGUAGCCAUCUGUUACCUGCACAUCUCUCCGAGAGCUCUUUAUGAAACACGGGCUCAAAUGUGUGUCAGGCAGACGCUGUUAUCAACUGUGCCUUUACGCACCGCGCGUAAAAUCGACCACGUGGACACACUAUUUGGAUCCAGGAAGUACAGAAAUGAGAACUGACGGAGCACUGCUGAGAUUACUGACCAAAUGUCGUCCACUUCUGCUUACUGACUGCUCUAUGUACUCUAUGCAUUUUGUGAAGGCUUUGUUUUAAGAUUUGUUUUAGUUCUGAAGCCUGAUAUAAAACUAUGCAUUAUCCCAAAGUAUGCCAAUAAAAAUGUUUCAUAAUUUA